UUACGCCUCGACAUCUUAUCGGGCUUUGCCUAUUACAUCGAUAUAAAUCGCCCGAACAAAUACACGCAGUUUCGAUUUUUCAUGAACGGGUGAAAAAAAGCUUUUCGAAACGAUGGGCGGACGAUUUUUCAUGCUAGCGUUCCUGGCGCUCGUCGCAGCAGCGGCCGAUAAACCGAAAAAUGUUCUUCUCAUGCUCGGCGACGAUGCCGGCUUCGAGAUGGGCUCCUACUUGAAUAAAAUCUGCCAGACGCCGAAUCUCGACGCACUGGCCAAGGAUGGCUUGAUUUUCAACAACGCCUACACUUCGGUCAGCAGCUGCUCCCCGAGCCGAGCGUCCCUUUUGACGGGCCUGCCGAGCCACCAGAACGGAAUGUACGGACUGCACCAGGGCGUGCACCACUUCGACUCGUUCGACAAAGUCCAGAGCCUGCCGAAGCUCCUGAGAAAGAUGAAGAUCCGCACGGGCAUAAUCGGCAAGAAGCACGUCGGUCCCAACUCGGCCUAUCCCUUCGAUUUCGCCCACACCGAGGAGACUGAGUCGAUCCUCCAAGUCGGACGCAACAUCAGCCGCAUCAAGGAGCUGGCGCGGGAAUUUCUCGCCACGCAGAAUCGCAGCCAGCCCUUCUUCCUCUACGUGGCUUUUCACGAUCCUCAUCGCUGCGGCCACACUCAUCCGGAGUUCGGCAACUUUUGCGAGAAAUUCGGCAACGGCCAGCCGGGCAUGGGUAAGAUACCCGAUUGGAACCCCGUCUACUACGACUGGCAGCAGGUCAAGGUGCCGUACUUCGUGCCGGAUACCGAGUCGGCCAGGCGUGAAAUAGCCGCGCAGUACACCACCAUGUCGCGAUUGGAUCAAGGAGUCGGUUUGCUCAUGAAAGAGCUGGAAAAUGCUGGAUUCAAGAACGACACUUUGGUCAUUUACACCAGUGACAAUGGCAUACCGUUCCCCAGUGGAAGAACCAACCUUUACGACCCAGGUAUGGCCGAACCAAUGAUCAUAUCGUCACCGGUACACAAAGAUCGGAAAAACGAAGCCACGCACAGCAUGACGUCACUGCUCGACAUCACGCCGACUUUGCUCGACUGGUUCGGCAUCAAGGACGCUCGAAAAGUCAAGAAGCACGCUGCCAAUCUCACGGGAAAAUCGCUCUUGCCCUUGCUCAAAGAAGAACCCGCAGAUGACAAUCAGACGGCAGUGUUCGCUAGUCAAAUUCAUCAUGAAGUUACCAUGUAUUAUCCCAUGAGAACCAUUAGAACAAAGAGAUACAAACUCAUACACAAUUUGAAUUUCAAAAUGCCAUUCCCCAUCGACCAAGAUCUUUUCAUUUCUGAUACGUUCCAGGAUAUGCUCAAUAGAACACGUAGCCAGCAACCACUUGUAUGGUAUAAAAAUUUUUUGAAGAAUUAUUAUUAUCGCCCAGAAUGGGAAUUGUAUGAUUUAAAAUACAAUCCAGAGGAACAGAAUAAUAUUGCUCUCAAGAAAUCUAUGAAAUCAACAUUCGACGAGCUUAAAAAUAGACUCUUUGAGUGGCAAAAGAAGACUAAAGAUCCAUGGAUCUGUUCUCCUGGUGGAGUUUUGGAACCAUUCAAUGGCGACAAAAAUAACCUUCAAUGCAUGGAUUCACUUGCUUUCUAGAAAUAGUGGCAAAACCCAUUUAUUAAAAUUUUAAUAAAA